GUUAUUUUUGUAAAAUCUUUCCAUGUCUGUGCUGUCAAUGGUUCUGAGGUUAAUAACGAAGAAAUAAACGAAACUGAAAAAGCAGAUAACGUACAAAUUAAUAAAGAGGAUAAUCCAUUAGAAAUUGAAAAGAAAGAACCAGUAGAUGAAGACGGCCAUAUACCAUAUAUUCCAGGAGCAUUAACGGAUCCCGAUAAACGGCACGAAAGCCAUGAUUUGUUAGUUAAAAACGCAAUCGAACAACUACACGGUCAGCAGGAAGACGAAACAGAUAAAUUCUGGAGAAAAGUAGCUGAGAAUGCAAAGGAAAAUGUACGGGACCAGAACAUGAAAUAUGGUAAAAAGAGUGAAACACCAAAAUUACCUCACGUAAAUGUAUCGCAAAAUUUCCAGUUUGCGAAGAAAAUGCACGUCGGUAAUUUAGAGCAUCAACCUCUUCCAGAUACUUUGGGAUAUAGAAACUUAACUAAAAUCGCUGAACACAGAGAUUCAGAUAUUAUAGUGAAGCCAUAUGCAAUAGGUUGGAAAGGGUACGGUGCUGCAGGACCUACUUGUUGCACUAAAAUGCGUGUACAUAGACCGAAGACUUGCGACCAUAAAAAGACCGAAGGAGACAAACACGAAAACAAAAGACCUUCCACGUCAACUCCCGACCUGGGCAGCCAGAACAAAAAAUCACUAUCGCUCAUGGAUCUAGCUAUCUGUUGGGAUUUUCGACCAGAUGAUCCAAAGUCUGAACCACGGCCACCUAAACACAUAGAUGGCUCAAACGGUUCAAAAGCACCAGCUGUUUUCACAAUGGUACACACUCCUAAAGAAGAAAUUGAACAAGCAGUAGCUGGCCACACGAUGUCAAUUUUUCAUCAAAAUCGCGCAGGAGACGAUCCCGGGCACCAUCCAGUUCCAUAUUUUGAAAAAGAUAUGGCAAAACAAAAGCGGAAAGAUUCUUGUGAUGUCCAACACUGUCCGCAACACAACUACGCCGAGAAAUACCAGAAUGAUAAAAGCUCGAAGUCGUCAAGUAGAAAAAGUUCUGGUCAUUCUGUAAAAAAGUCUCCGUGUGACGGUAUACACGGAUGCGGCACACCAAGCGAGGCAAGUCGCAGCUCUAACCGUGAUUUAAGACCAGAGAAGCUCCAGCCAAUAAAAGAUGCUUGGAGUGCAGACUUGAAAAAAAGUAGUCGCCACGAUUUAAAUAAGAACCGCCACAGUUUGGAAUCGUACGAAAAAACGCCUUUGGCGCAAGGUAAACUGCAUCAAAGUUCGCCGAAUGAAUCUCAACUGUCUAAACGCUCUAAGGAGAGUGACUUGUCUAAUACAAAGCAUCGGAAUUGUUUGCCAUGCCACGAGAAAUUGCAUGAGGAGCCAAAACAAAAAGAAGACUACAAAUUCGCUUUUAAAGCUGGUAAUCCGAAUUCAGUACAAAGUGUUACCAGUACAACUGACUCGAAGGGUCUAAAAAUUCCUAAGAUGCGUCAUCCGUACUCAAAGAAGUCUUACACGAUACCGACUCUAGCACCACCAUUUAGUAUAUGGCGGGACUCAAACGCAAGUGGUUACCCUGAGCAUUGGCGAUUGGCAAGCGUUUACCAGCACGCAUACAAACCACCGGAGCAGAGGCGCAAACCACUCAUUGAAAGUGUUUACCAGUAA